AUGCACACCCUUCUGCUUCAAUCUUUGUUUCCCUUGCUCUUGAUCACUUCCUUUCCUUCGAUCAACGAUGAGUUAAGUCUAAGCCGGGGCAAUGAACAAUAUACAAACUGCGGCGAAGAUAUUAACUGCGGUGGCAUCAGCCUUUCAUACCCGUUUUGGGGAGUAAACCGAGCUAAUUACUGUGGUCCGCCUGGGUUCAAGGUGGAAUGCCUAUCGAGAAUGUCCCCAUGA